AUGAAAACUAUUGAAGAAGCCAGGUAUGAUAGUCAUCUGUUUACUCUACGUCUUGACCCAUCGCUGAUCAUCGUGAUUAGACGGAGAUGGGAAACCCUUCUCGGUUAUGGCCAGAGUACAUAUGAUCUGAAACAAGCAAUCAUAUCUGAAGAUGGUGAGAACCCAUGUGAGACGGGUCUUCGAUCGGUCUGCUGGAAGAUCUUUCUGCUGUGCGAUGACCUUGACCGGUCAAAGUGGAUAGAUCGACUAUCGGAUACACGCAGUGCUUAUGACUCUCUCAGAGAGCACUUUCUCAAGUAUAUAAAGCACCCAGAUGAUCUCCAGUCUGCAGUUGACCCCCUCGCUGAGGAUGAAGAGUCUCCCUGGCAGGUUUUACGUCAGGAUGAAGCUACCAGAGUUGAAAUUUAUCAAGAUGUGGAAAGAUGCUUACAGGACAACUUCUUUUUCCGCGAAGCAUCAACAAAGUCAAUGAUGUUAGAUAUAUUGUUUGUUUACUCAAAAUUGAACCCCGACCUCGGAUACCGACAAGGAAUGCAUGAAUUGCUGGCCCCGAUACUGUGGGUAGUAGAGCGCGAUGCAGUUGCUUCGCAGUCGUCGAAAAUCACACCAGCCGAUGCAGCUGACGACGAAAGCGUUAUGUUGCAACUCCUAGACGCCAGCUACAUUGAAAGCGAUUCUUUCAACCUCUUUUGCAGUGUCAUGCAGGUUGCUCGGUCAUUUUACGAGCACACUGACAACAAAACAGUCAAUGGCCAAGCAGAAACGGCACCUAUAGUUGCACGUUCUCAGUUCAUCCACAAUGAAUUACUCAUGGCUGCGGAUCAUGAGCUAGCCACACACUUGAACACAAUCGAAAUUCUACCUCAAAUAUUUCUGACUCGUUGGAUUCGUUUGCUUUUCGGUCGAGAAUUCUCUUUCGACGACACGUUACUGAUCUGGGAUUUGCUUUUUGCGAAUGGCCUGAGGGCAACCUUGAUCGACCAUAUUUGUGUUGCAAUGCUUCUUCGCAUUAGGUGGCAGCUACUGGAGGUAGACUAUUCAUCUGCUUUGACGCUACUAUUGCGCUAUCCUGCGCUCCAAGACCAUGGACCGCAGACAUUGGUUCAUGAUGGACUAUAUCUGGAGCAGAACUUGAGCCCUGCGCGAGGAGCAUUUCUUGUAUCUAAAUAUUCAGGUCGCCCUCCAGAGCUUGCAAAAGACCCGCUGCAACUACCGCCUAGGGAACCAUCUCCGAGAAAGGUUGACCGUCGAAGUCAUUCUCGGAAUUUAAGCGGAGGAAGUUCCUCUGGACAGUCCCCAGCUAGAAACAAUCAACGGACGCUCGAAUCAUUAUUCCAGGAUGUUUCAGAAGGAUUGCAGCGCCGAACAGAAGGCUGGGGUGUUGCAAAAGCCGUGCGAGGCGCUGUCAGUGAGGCAAAACGCAAUAUGGCUCACGCCGAGGUUCCAACGUCCAGAGGUUGGCGUGGCAGUCCUCGAUUCGGGACACCGAGACUUGGAGCAUCAAGGAGCUCAGAUCCAGUGGAUCUAGUACAACAGGUGGCUUCUUUGAAGAAACGAGACGACACCCUUGCAGGAUUACUGUCAGAAGCGAUCCAUGAUUUGAAGCUUAUUAAAGAGUCUACAACGGACCUGGGUCCCGAGGCUACCGAGACACUCGACAGAGCUUUUCAGAAGAUCAAGACUGUCCAGACGAACCUUCAAGGCUCAAGCGGAGCAACUGCAAUAAAGCCCACAUCUUUCACAACGGAGGAUGAGAAGGUCGCUCCCAACAGGCCGGAAACGAUCAAAAGAGAAGUAGAGAAGCCGGAGGCAAUACAACACCGACCUACGGAAACGGCACCGGUCAGCGAAAGCAAAAUGGCUGAGCAGCAAGCAAAUGUAUCGAAUGCAGACACGGAAUCUGGAACAGUUUCCUCCACCUCUUUCCGUACACCUGCUCUUUCUCCACCGCCUCGUUCGGCGCAUACACCACUACCUAGGCGGCCUUUGGCACAAUCCGAGUUCUCAUGGAUGUUAGGCGAGAAUACACAUCGAUCUAGUUUUGUCAGCUCCACGUCACUUCCACCAGAUCAAAGCAGACAAAGUGAGUCACGAUCGCGACAAGGAUCUCUUUUUGGAGAUGGUCGAGAUGGGAAGCGGGAGCAGUCUCAGAAGGAGGAAGAUAGCCUAUCUCUGAAUGAUUUCACCUAG